UCUGGUGCUUAGAGUUGGUGUGUUGUAGCUUCACACAAUAGAAAACUACCUCCAAAUGUACUUCCGGUCGCGGUUCGUCCCUCUCCUGCUGGCGCUGCUGGUCGCUGCCGGCGGCUCCCUGGCGGCCUCGCCCCCUUGCGGCUGGGUCUCCGCCCAUUACGCAGACGUCGCGCUCGCCUGCUAUGGCCCCCGCGUGACGGCGCCCCCGCGCCUGCUGCCUGCGACGCUGCAGACGCUGCAGCUCUCCGGGACGGGCAUCCGGGUCCUCCGCGGCGACACCUUCAGCGGCCGACAGCUGCGGCGCCUCCGGCUGCUCUCCGUCACGGACAGCGCCCUCAGCAGCGUCGAGGCAGGCGCACUCUGCUCGCUCACAGCUCUCACCGUCCUCGACUUGAGCAACAACAGACUUCGUCAGGUGGACGCCUCCAGCUUCGAGUGCAACCGCCAUCUGCGCCGUGUCGACCUGUCUGGCAACACUGGUCUCCGUCGACUGCCCGCGCUGGUCAGCGAUUCCAUUGAGACUGUGGAUGCCGACCGCUGCAGCAUCGCAGACGUCGAUGUCGACGACCUGCGAGGACUGCCAGCUCUCAAGGUCCUCCACCUGAGUGGCAACCCCGGCCUCGACUGCCGGGGCGUCAUGCGGAGACUCGCUCCAUCUUAUCCGUCACUGGUGGUCGUCUGUGAUGACUCGCAGGCGUUCUCUGGAACAGCCAAACUUUCCAGCGCUCAGUCGCCUUCUGAUACCUCGAACAAUUCACCGCAACACGUGACAUCUACUGAGACGGACACAAGGCCAGAGAUCGACUUCCAAAAUUCAGUUACGCAAUUACAUAUCGAAGACCAAAAAGUCAGUACGGCAGUGACGCCCUCUGAAACGGUUGCGGGGCCAGAGAUCGACUCCAAAAAUUCUCUCACACAGUUACAUAUCGAAGACCUAAAAGUCAGUACAGUUGUGACAUACUUGGGAACGGUUACAGGAAAUCACAUCGACUCCAAAAAUUCAGUUACAGAAUUACUCGAACAAAAAAUCGAUACAGCUACAAAAAGUCUCUUAGACCUUACUACAGAAGUUCCUAUAAAGCACAGAGCAGAGACCUCUACACAGUCGCCUCACGGUUUCACGAAAAUUAAAAGCGAAAAUAUUUUUGUGGUUACCAAUCCAAAAGAAUUCUAUGAACUUGAUUCCAUUUUCCUUAUCUCUAUGGGCGUAUUGCUGCCGUUGAUAUUGUUGUUAACACUAUUGGUGUUCUACUUGAAAACAAAAGCUAACGAUUAAUGGCCUUGUUGACUGAUUCUUUCGUAGAGUCUAGGUACAACUCCACGCGCGACUGGUAUCUGCCUCAGAAAAUAAGAAAAGAUAUAGCUAAGCGACAGCAAGAAGAAGAAAUGCUAGUAGUACAUCAUUUCGUCAGCAGAUACUCAGAAGAAGACCUGACUUUUGACGCACAAUCCCCCCAAAUUGUGCUGCGAACCUGUUCGAACUUUCACGAUAGGCGGAGUCUAAUGAUACAGCUGUUGCGUCACUGUUAACGGACCUGAGAAGCAGUUUCGCAGCACAAAGCCAGGGAUUUCCUGGGAUCGAGACUGGGAGGUUGUUCUUGCGUUCAUUGGUACAUUGUACGAAACGAUUUAUUACUAAGCAAUUGUUACAAAGAUUUACUAAGCACACGGAAGCGAACAUAUGAAAGAAAUCACAAAAUGUGAAGCUACAACACACCAGCACCAGAACCAAACGUCUGUUGUGAAGCUGCCCAAGGUACAGUGAAGCCAUCAGUUUGAGAACAAAGCCGGGAUUCACGGAGUCACUGAUUUGAACUUUUCGUCAUAAAAGCCGACUGCAGACAUUACACCAUGGCACAUAACGUCCAUCACAAAUCAGUGAAGAGAAUUUCUUCCAAACGCUAUUGUAACGAAAUGUACAAGCUUCACAAUAAUGAAAGAAAUAAAAAAAAUCGUAAAAUAAA